UCGCCAAUCUGGGGCUGUCACUUAAUGAGAUGAUGAUGACUGCCAAAACUGUAGACAAAAUCCCAUUACCGAUUGGGGGAUUUCUCCAUCAGAUGCCCGAGGCGAUGUACCCCAUGGAUGAAUCGACUUUGCCAACUUCGGUUACUAUCUUCCCCAAUGUUGAUAUGGGAGGACCGUAUGACCAAAUGAGCUCUGGAGAUGGAAUGAUCAAUGUGGACAUGAGCAGCGAGAAGAGAUCGCUGGAUCUGCCUUAUUGCAGCAGCUACCCAUCCGCCUCCCGCAAUCAGACCUUCACCUAUAUGGGCAAAUUCUCCAUUGACCCGCAGUACCCCGGGGCCGGCUGGAAUCCAGAGGGAUUCUUUAACAUAGUCAGCACCGGCAUCCUAGGAGUGACCCCUUCGUCAUCUUCAUCCACUACUUCCUCCAGUAUAUCCUCGGUGUCCCCCAACAGCCUGAGCUGCAGCAUGGCCCAUGGACAGAGCGAGCUGGAGCACAUGUACUCUCCCCCGCCGUACUCCAGCUGUGCGGAGAUGCCCAUGUACCAGGACGGCUCAGCCUUCCUCAGCACCGGUACCGGCGGCUCUCUGUCCUACCCUCCCCCUUCAUACCCGUCCCCCAAGGCGGCCACUGAUGGCACCAUCUUCAACAUGAUCCCCGACUACCCGACACUCUUCCCCCCUCAGUGCCAGAGGGACCUGCACCCAAUGACUGACCGCAAACCUUUCUCCUGCCCCCUGGACUCCAUCCACACCGGGCAUAAGCCCUUCCAGUGCCGCAUCUGCAUGAGGAACUUUAGCCGCAGCGACCACCUGACCACCCAUAUCCGUACGCACACCGGGGAGAAGCCCUUCGCCUGCGACUACUGCGGCAGAAAGUUUGCGCGGAGCGACGAGCGCAAGCGGCACACCAAGAUCCACCUACGGCAGAAGGAGCGGAAGAGCGGAGCCGGGGCGACACCUAGCGGCAGCGCGGGGCAAGAACGCUCACUCAGCCUCAGCCCGUGCUCCGCAGGCUCCGGCAGCGCUCAGAUGGCACUGUGCCCCAGCAGGACAUCCUAAAACAGAC